AUGCGAGGUUUCGCCCAGGCGCUGGAGCUCGACCGAGCGAUGGAAAUCUUCCACCAGAUGCUGCACCGCGACUUGGUGUCCUGGACGGUGCUGCUCGAUGGCUACACCCAGACCGGGAAUGUCAAGAAAGCCGUGGAGAUCUUCGAGAGAAUGCCCGAGAGAGAUAGCAUCUGCUGGACAGUCCUGUGCCAGGCCUAUGCCGUCCUCGGCGAUCUCAUCCACGCCGAGGAACUCUUCCACCAAAUACCCGAGAAGACACUGGUGUCCUGGACUGCGAUCAUCUACGCUUAUGCCCAGAAUGGGCAUCCGAUGGAAGCUCUAGAGCUCUUCUGGGGCAUGGAUCUCGAGGGUGUGGAACCCGACGAGAUUACUUUCAUUGGAGUCCUCACCGCUUGCAGCCAUGCCGGGCGCGUAGAGCAAGCAUGGGACUACUUCAACUCGUUGCCUGAUGAUCGCGGCCUUGCGCAGCUACCGGAGCACUACCACUGUGUGAUCGACGCGCUGGGACGAUCCGGACAGCUUAGCGAGGCCCAAAAGUUUGUGAGGGAGCUCCCGCGCAAGGAACUGGCCGUGGCGUGGACAUCGCUGCUGGAUGCCUGCAGGGUCCAUGGCGAUGUGGAGCGAGGGGCCGUGGCCGCCAAGCAGCUCAUCGACAUGGAACAGGAUCCCGAGGCCCGGAAAACAGCGCCUUAUCUUUUGCUGUCCAACAUCUAUGCUGCUGCUCAGAGGCCUGAGGAUGUGAUCCGGAUCCGGCAAGCCAUGAAGGCUGAUUGUCUGAGGAGCAAUAGAACUGGGCUUAGUCGAUUGGAACAUUGA